CUUACACUCCUCUCCACCCAUGUGAUCCAACAGGGCAGCUCCCCCCUCUCCCUACCCUUCCCUCCCAGCAGAACCUCUGCUCUGUCUCUGCGGAAUUUCGGAAUCUCUCUCUCUGUCCAGUGUCUCUCUCUCUCUUUGAAUUUGCAUGUGAAACCUCAGCAACUCAAAGGCUUAGAAACGCGAGUGCCCCGUUUAUGGGUUUCGGUGAAAUCCACUUUCCCUGCAAAUCCGGCAGGAAUUGGAUUGGAAGAGACUGAAAGGGUGCCGGAGGUUUCACUUUCUACUUUGGGGGUGGGUCUGGUUCAAUUUCCGUACUUGUCAAAAGAUCGAAUUUCACUGUCCACCGCGAAAUGGAAAGAGAUUUUCUUGGUUUAGGUUUAAAGAGUUCAUCAGCCCCGCUGAAGGAAGAGAACGACGACGGCGACCGCGAUGAGUCUGUCAGUCAACGCUAGUUGGAUUAGAGAUGUUGAUUUGACAGCUGCUCUAUGCAGUUGUCUAGUUAAUCUGCUAGUGUCUGAAUGGAUAUUCUUGCUCAUCUAUUUUGGGUGUUUCCUCAGGGGAUAACAAACAAUCAGCAAGCCAGUGGCCCUUCUUGAACAAAAUUUCUGCCCUGCCUCAUGUGACGUCAUUGAGGACUCCUCAUGAGCACAAAGACAACAGGAUUGUUUCUGAUCCUCCCAUAUCUUCAGGGUUCAUGCCUUUCCGAGUAGCUAACUCUAUAAACAGUUCAGUGGUUAAAGUUCAGCGUCCAUUUCUAGAGAGAGAGAAAUUAGUGACAGAAAUGCAAGAUCCGGGGAGUUCCUGAAGAUCGAGCGGAGGUUCGGCGUCGGUGCAUUCUACGAAGGCGCCCCUGCGAAGCUCCAGGGCUUGGUGUCAGCCCAACCGAGUAAUGGGAGGGUUCUGCCACCACAGCUGGCCAACGCCGACGAGGAGACUCCGAUGGCAGCAGCUCUUUGCCGGUUCCCAGUGUCGCUAACCAGAAUCUGUAGCGGUGGAAAGCGCAUUAAUCAUGACACCGAAGUGGCUCCCCAUUUGUCUCUUGCAUCCCAUCCUGCUCCAUACAGUGCAUCGUUCGCCAGCCACAGUAAUGAAGCAAAGAUGUUACCAGUAUCAAAUCAAGUGAACUCAUUAUCUUCAAGCAAGCAUCUCCUUAAGUCUCAUUUGACUGCUACCACAAAGCAGCAAUUUCCUGGAGAUAUUACCAUUUUGACUCCACAUCCAGUUCCUGUUAAUGGUUUCAUAGCUGGAAUCACUGAACCAUGGAGUAGAGUGAAGUCUGCAGAGCCUCCGGCCCAAUUGACUAUCUUCUAUGCAGGAACAGUUAAUGUCUACAAUGAUAUCUCCCCAGAAAAGGCGCAAGCUAUUAUGUUAUUGGCAGGAGAUGAGACUUCCAUGGCUAAUAAAUUGCUAACUCUUGCGAAGGCUUCUCCUAUUCAGGGACCAACUUCUGGUCAUAUUGCCAGCGAUAUUGCUUUGGUCCAUCCUAAUAACGAGUCUCACCUCUCAAGUCCUUUAUCAGUGUCCUCCCAUACAGGGACCGCUCAGUCGGGUAGUGGAUCCUCAUCCACAUGCACUGAUGAUUUGAUUGUUGCUACACACACUGGCAUUACAACCACCGCUCUUGGCAAACCUGACUUAGAAUCAAGUGGGAAUAAUCUGAUGGUUGCAACUACUGAAGGAUUCUCAGCGAGUCCUUUAACUGACAAUCUUGUUGAUGCUCCAAAAAUAGUGGAUGUCAUGAGAGCUGUGACUGGCACUGCCAUUCCUCAAGCUCGCAAAGCCUCCUUGGGACGAUUUUUGGAGAAGCGCAAGGAAAGGGUAAUGAGUGUGGCACCUUACAACCUCGGCAAGAAAUGUGGGGAGUGAAUUUCAGCUGUGUCAGUAGAGAAACAAAAUUGUACUAAGUUAACAGAUUGCAGCCAAGGUUCAUAUCCGAUCCUGGAAAUUGUUUUCCUCUUAAUUUUUUCCCUAUGUCAGAUUUGCAGAAGAAAAUCAAAGUGUAUAUAUUUUAUCCAGGCUGUGUGUGUGAUUUGCAUUGCAUGUGUAACAUGGUAAGAAUAGAGCUGCGUUCAUGGUUUUGUAAUGGGUUACAGUAACUGUAAUAAAAAACUUGUGUUAUGAUGAAAUAAUUUAUCAACGAACAUUCUCUCUUC